UUUCAUUAUUAAUCUAUAUAUAUACUCUGGAAAUCAAACUACAGGACAACUUCUGUUUCCCACCUGAAAGUGCGGGUGUCCUAUGUUUUCAGCAUUUCCCCAACCAGUUAGUAACAACCUAAUUUUAAAAACAGAGCAAGGGAGACACAAGUACGGUACUCAAUUCUUGACAAAUCCAUGCUAGCUUCUACUAAUCACAGCAUUGCUUUCAAGAUGUUUACAGACUGGCUGACUGCUUUAUAAUUUGCUGUAGCAUCUUUCCUGGUAUUAUAGUUGCACUGAUCUCUUGUUUUUCCACCCCUUUCCCCCCAGUCAGAGCUGCCUAGCCGGAUAGUAAAUACUGUCAAAUCUGUUUCAUUUGCAGCUGUUCUGGUGCAGUAAUGACUGAAUGAAGACAACCAGUGGGGCAUUUACAUAUGUGAUGAAGCCACCUUACACCCUUGGAGGGUGGAAACUGUGUGUGCAUUUUAAAUUUAAACAAAUAGUCAACCACCCUCCACUCAUUUCAGAAGCUAGUGCAAAAAUAAGGACGGCUGGCAAAAGCAAAUCCCCUCGCAACCAGUGCCAUGUUUGCACAUUGACAGCAGAGGGCUCUGGUGUUUGUGAAGCAGGAGAGAGAGGCAACCCUCUCUUCUCACACAACCCUGCUCUGCAGGCAGAGGUGGAACUGGGUUUAGCUGAGGCAGCGGCUGCACCUUCCAAAAGGGGAUUUGCAAGAACCAUCUUAGCGCCAGCCUUCUUUGCAGCCCUGUUGCUUCAGACCGAAAACUCCCCUGGGUUCUGUAGCUGUUGGUUUUGAAUGAAAAGAGAGGCAUAGGCAAAAGAGAAGGGCUGAGCGUCUGCUGCAAAAAGGAGCUGUGAAAAGUAACAGGACUGCGUAUUUCCCACCUCUAGAGUUCACGGUAGAGUACAAGCCCCACCAAGGCCAGCCCCACCCUUAGGCACACUGAAGCAGCUGCCUCGGGUGGUAAAUCUCCAGGAACCCUUCUGACCCUGAGAGGCGGCAGAAUUUCGUUUUGGCUUCCUUUUGGUUCACCCAGCACCAUGGCGCUUCCCCAGGUGACUUUUGAGGAGGUGGCUGUGUAUUUCACGCAGCAGGAAUGGGCCUUGCUGGGUGCGAACGAGAGAGCCUUAUACUGGGAUGUUGUGCAGGAGAACUACGAGCAUCUGACUUCACUCGAUGGCAGGAUUUCAUCUUGGCUUCCUUUGGCACCCUCCCACUCUCCUGUCACCAUAGAAAUUCCCCAGGUGGCUUUUGAGGAGGUGGCUGUGUAUUUCACCGAGCAGGAGUGGGCGUUGCUGGAUGCGAGCAAGCGAGCGCUUUACUGGGACGUCAUGCGGGAGAAUUACGAGGGUUGGGCUUCACUGAGUGGCUGCUAUCCGCAAGUAAACCAUAAAUCUACAGAGCCUUGUGGGAGAUAUUCCCAAGAGAGGGACUCUCCUCCAAGUCCCCAUCCCUGUCGCAAGGAGGAGAAAGCACCAGUGGAGAAGUCGGGCGAAAUGACCCAGUUCAAAGGGGGCACCAGCGCUGCAAAAUGUCAUCCGGUCGACAUGGGAGAAAGGAAGGAUUCCUGUCCCAAGUGUGGGAAGAGCUUCUGUCACAAAUCGGCGCUCACUGCACACCUGAGAAUCCACACGGGGGAGAAGCCGUACCAGUGCCACGAGUGUGGGAAAAGCUUCAAUCAGAGCUCAGCCCUGACUCAGCACCAGAGAAUCCACACCGGGGAGAAGCCCUUUGUCUGCCUCAGCUGUGAGAAAAGAUUCAGCCAGAGCUCAGCACUCACUCAGCACCAGAGAAUCCACACCGGGGAGAGGGCUUUCGCGUGCCUUGAUUGUGGGAAAAGCUUCAUUUACCAGUCGGCUCUCAUACGCCACCGGAGAAUCCACACGGGAGAAAAAGACUACAAGUGCCCUGACUGUGGGAAAGGCUUCAACCAAAGCUCCAACCUUAUUACACAUCAGAAAAUUCAUAAUGGGAUACCUUGCAGGAGCAAGAAGACGCCUCAGCAGCAAGUUUCUAAGCCAUUAGAACCACCUGGAAUACUUUGUAGGGCAUUACCUCACAAUCCUCAAGUGGAAAAAGAGAUUCGGAACCAGGGAAGUUUGCAGAGAAACCCCUCAGAGCAGGCCCAAGAUCAAGCCGUUUCUAGAACAGGUAGUUUCAUAUCUCAGAAAGAUGUCGCGAUAAAGACAAGGCCCGCUAGGGUUAAAAGGCCACUCGUAUGUCACGACUGUGGAAAGAGCUUCAAGUACAGUUCCCAUCUGGUUAACCACCUGAGAAUACACACAGGAGAGAAACCUUACGUCUGCCCAGACUGCGGGAACAGGUUCAUCCAGAGCUCAGCUCUCAAGAGGCACCAGAGGAGCCACAGUGGCGACAGACCCUAUGAAUGUUCCGACUGCGGGAAAACCUUCAGCCGGAACUCUCACCUGGCGAAACACCGAGUGAUCCACACGGGAGAAAAACCGUACGAGUGCCUUGAAUGCGGGAAAAAAUUCAGCGUCAAAGUGAACCUAGUGAUUCACCAGCGGAUUCACACGGGAGAGAAGCCAUAUAUGUGCUUGGAGUGUGGGAAACGCUUCAGCCAGCAACCCCACUUUAUGAUCCACAAGAGAAUCCACACGGGAGAGAAACCUUACCAGUGCCCCGAAUGCGGGAAAAGCUUUCGUGUGAGUUCGCACCUUGUCGCACAUCAGAGAGUUCACGCGGGGAAGACGUCGUUCAUAUGUCCGGACUGCGGGAAAAACUUCAGCGGUAGCAAGCAGUUUAUUCAACACAAGAUGUCCCAUCUCAUUGAAGAAAGCUAUCCGCUGCCCAUUGCAGUGGUAACCAUUAAGAGUGACCCAUUUGCUCCCGGUUCUGUGGGUCUGGAAGGCAGUGGCUACAGACCUGGAGCGAAUCAGUGAAGUCCUGGCUGCGUUGGGCUAAAACAAAGAAAGGGGACACUGUGAUAAACCCUGUCUCAUAACUGCAAAUGGGGAGGUCCUUUCUUCAAUUGGAGCCUGAAGGGAAGGUGGCUGGAAAGAGGCAUUGUCACUAAAACUUCAAACCUUUUUGCUAUAGUUGAGAGCCAAAUAUACCAGAUAGAGUGUUAGGUUUGGCCUGGUUUGGACAUGGCUACUUGGCUAUGAUGCUUGCUGGUGACCUUGGACCAAUUGUCGUGUCAGCCUAACCUACCUCACAGGGUUGUUAGGAGGAUGAAAUGGAGAAAACCUUAUUGUAUAGACCAGGCAUCCCCAAACUGCGGCCUACAACUCCCAUGAUCCCUAGCUAACAGGACCAGUGGUUGGGGAAGAUGGGAAUUGUAGUCCAAAACAUCUGGAGGGCCGAAGUUUGGGGAUGCCUGGUAUAGACCAUCCCGAGUUGCUUGGAAGAGAAAGAUGAGGAUACAAAUACAGUCGUACGCUGGUUCUCGAAUGGAAUCCGUUCCGGAAGUCCGUUUGACUUCCGGAAACCAAGGCACAGCUUCUAAUUGGCUGCAGGAUUUUCAUGCACUCCAUCGGAAGCCGCGUCGGACAUUUGGCUCCCAAAAAAGUUCACAAACCGGAACACUCACUUCCGGGUUUGUGGCAUUCGGGAGCCAAAACGUUUGAGUCACAAGGCGUUUGAGAACCUAGGUACGACUGUACAAUAAACAAGCAAGCAAACCAUGUACCAUUCCCAGACAUCAGGUAGAAUUGUCAGGUGACCCCCUUCCCUAUCUGCGAGUACCAUCAAUGGAUGGUGGUUUCCUGACUAGGGUCACAUUUAAAGCAUAACAAUCAUGGCUUCCCCCAAAGAAUCCUGGGAGCUGUCAUUUGUUAAGAGCACUGAGAGUUGUAGGGGACUGCCUAUUCACCUCACAGAGCUACAUUUCCCAGAGUUCCCUAUGAAGAGGGAAUUAUGGUUAAGCCACUCUGAGAACUGUAGCUAUGUGAGGAGAACGGGGGGUCUCCUAAGAAUUCAGCAGCCUUAAGAAACUACAGCUCCCAGAAUUAUUUGGGGGAAGCCAUUUAAAAGUGCCAUGGCCUUACUUAAAUGCAUGGUGUGAAUGUGGCCUAGAUUGUCUGGACUACUGUGCUCUUUCCAAGCGGCAGGGAGCAUAAAGCGGGGCUGAGCAUCCUGAAGUCCUUUUUAUUUUAUUUUCCAAAUAAUAUUUCUUGAUUUUCAAACAUUUCAGCACAAAAGCAAAAAAAAGCAAAAAUAAAAAUAAAACAUAAUCAAAAGAGAAAAAGAAUGGGAAAAAACCCAUAUCAAUUCUUACAUUAACUUGACAUUGUAGACUUCCUCUAUUUCUCCCACACUGGGUCCAUUUUUAAAUCUAAAUUAAGCAAUUUUCCUUUAUCAUCUUAAAUCAUUCUAAUGCAAUUUUUCCAUUAUCUCACAACCAAUUCUAAUCUACACAACGGGGGGACGGGGGGACGGACAUCAACUAUCCUCAACCUAUAAUUCAUUAAUUAAUCUAAAUCUAAAUUUAUUUUCCCAUCCAUCUCUAAUUCUUCCUUUAGCCUCACAAUUUAUACCCCCAAAAUUUUCCAUACAUUCAAAUAUUAUUUCUUCUAAUAACCUUUAACCACUUUUAUCUAAUUCUACCCCCCUUCCCCUGGACUCCGGAUCUCCCAGAUGCACCAACCAGCUCCAUAAAACGUUCCAGUUUCAGACCAUCUUAAU